UGUAGUGCUGAAGCGGUGCGUUUAAGGCAAGGCAAGAUCAAAGCGUGGCGCGAGGGUUGAAAAUUUUGAGUCGUUGAGAAAUCAAAUUUUAUGCGCGAGCAAACGAAGACACGUCGAAUCGCCGUAAAAAGGAGCGAAAUGGCCCAACGGUCACAAGCAGAACGACAAAUUAUAUGAUUCUCUGGCUACAAUUUCAGUUCAUCAUUUCCCGCGGAAUUCCUCCCGAUCUGCCGUCACCGCCGUGCAUUUCUCUCCGGAGACUGGCGUUUCUAUGCAUUAUUUUCUUACCGUAACCGGAGAUCUUGAUUGUUUUUCCCAUGGAUCUGCUACGAUCGGAGCCGAUGCAAUUGGCGCAGCUGAUCAUUCCUAAUGAAUCAGCGCACCGGACGAUUUCCUACCUCGGCGACCUCGGUCUCUUCCAAUUCAACGAUCUCAAUGCGUCUAGAAGCCCAUUCCAGCGGACGUAUGCUACUCAUAUUAAAAGAUGUGGGGAAAUGGCUCGCAAGCUACGGUUUUUCAGGGAUCAAAUGGCAAGGGCUGGUUUAUCACCCUCAACAAAUUCUCUAGGGGUUCCUGGUUUAGAUCUGGAUAAUUUAGAGGUUAAACUUGGAGAACUUGAGGCAGAGUUGUUAGAGAUAAAUGACAACAACGAAAAGUUACAACGCAAUCAUAGUGAGCUAUUGGAAUAUAAGCUUGUACUGCAGAAGGUCGGUGAGUUUUUCCAGCUAGCUCAAAGCAUAGCUGCAGCUCAGCAAAGGGAACUGGAAGUGCAGCAAAACAAGGAAGGAUCCAUUGACAGUCCCCUAUUAUUGGAACAAGAAAUGACAACGGAUCCAAUGAAACAAGUAAAACUAGGAUAUAUCAGUGGUCUUGUUCCAAGAGAAAAGUCAAUGGCUUUUGAAAGGAUUUUGUUUCGUUCAACUAGGGGCAACAUGUACCUGAGACAAGCUGUGGUUGAUGGUUCUGUCACUGAUCCUGUAUCUGGUGAGAAGGUCGAGAAAAAUGUGUUUGUCAUAUUCUUUUCCGGAGAGAGAGCAAAGAAUAAAAUCCUGAAAAUAUGUGAAGCUUUUGGUGCAAACCGAUAUCCAUUCACUGAUGACUUGGGCAAACAAUUGCAGAUGAUAACAGAGGUGUCUGGAAAACUCUCUGAAUUGAAGACUACCAUUGAUGUGGGGAAACUGCAUCGAAGUAAACUCUUUCAGACAAUUGGCCAUCAAUAUGAGCAGUGGAAUCUUCUGGUAAAGAAGGAAAAAUCUAUUUACCACACUUUGAAUAUGCUCAGUGUUGAUGUAACGAAGAAAUGCCUUGUUGGUGAAGGUUGGUGUCCUGUUCUUGCUACAAAUCAGAUUCAAAAUGCAAUGCAUAAGGCAACCUAUGACAGCAAAUCACAAAUUGAGGCUAUCUUUCAUGUUUUGCGUACGAAGGAAGCACCACCAACAUAUUUCCGUACAAACAAAUUUACUUCUUCAUUUCAAGAAAUCGUGGAUGCAUAUGGGGUUGCUAAGUAUCAGGAAGCAAAUCCUGGAGUCUACACGAUUAUCACAUUCCCUUUCCUUUUUGCUGUAAUGUUUGGUGAUUGGGGCCAUGGCAUAUGCUUGUUGCUGGCAACAUUAUAUUUUAUAACAAGGGAGAAAAAAUUUUCCAGUGAGAAACUUGGAGAUAUCAUUGAAAUGACUUUCGGGGGACGUUAUGUUAUCAUGAUGAUGGCACUUUUUUCAAUCUACACAGGACUGAUUUAUAAUGAAUUCUUUUCUGUCCCGUUUGAACUGUUUGGGCCUUCUGCUUAUGGUUGUCGUGAUACAUCAUGCAGGGAUGCUACUACCAUUGGUCUCAUAAAGGUUCGUGAUACAUAUCUCUUUGGUGUGGAUCCUAAGUGGCAUGGUACUCGAAGUGAGUUACCUUUUCUCAACUCUUUGAAGAUGAAGAUGUCUAUCCUACUGGGAGUAGCUCAAAUGAAUCUUGGAAUUAUAUUGAGUUACUUCAAUGCGAAAUUCUUUGGAGAAAACAUCAACAUCUGGUACCAAUUUGUUCCACAAAUGAUAUUCUUGAACAGCUUAUUUGGUUACCUCUCACUUCUCAUAAUUGUAAAAUGGUGCUCUGGAUCUCAAGCUGAUCUGUAUCACAUAAUGAUAUAUAUGUUCUUGAGUCCUACAGAUGAUCUGGGUGAAAAUCAGCUUUUUCCAGGACAGAAGUUCCUUCAGCUUAUGUUACUUCUGUCUGCCCUCAUUGCUGUGCCAUGGAUGUUGCUUCCCAAGCCUUUUCUUUUGAAGAAACAACAUGAAGAAAGGCAUCAAGGCCAAUCCUACUCCCUAAUUCACAGCACAGAUGACAAUGAUGAAACAGAACAUAGCCACGGUUCCCACAGCCACGAGGAGUUUGAUUUCAGUGAGGUCUUUGUACACCAACUCAUACAUACCAUUGAGUUUGUGCUUGGUGCAGUUUCUAAUACGGCGUCCUAUCUACGUCUAUGGGCCCUCAGUCUAGCCCAUUCGGAGUUGUCGAGUGUAUUCUACGACAAGAUUCUUCUCCUAGCCUGGGGGUUCAAUAGUUUGAUGAUCCGAGCAGUAGGAGUUGUUGUUUUUAUUUGUGCAACCGUUGGAGUUUUGCUAGUUAUGGAAACUCUAAGCGCAUUCCUACACGCCUUGAGGCUCCACUGGGUGGAGUUUCAGAACAAAUUCUAUGCAGGUGAUGGAUUCAAAUUUUCCCCCUUCUCGUUUUCGUCGCUUCGGGACGAGGAUGAGUGACAACUGACAAGACGAACAUAUUUUUGAAGCUUGGCCAAUGGCCAUCAACUCAACUGCCAAAAGGUACAAUCUAAAAACUCAUUCUAUUAUAAUUUAUUCGACGGCUGCAUAUUUUGACUCUUCUCCAAAUAAUUAGGAACAAUUUUUGUUGAUAUAUAUUACAUUUUUACCUGAAGUAAUUGUCCGCACACACGCAUACAAUGAUGGUUGUGUUUAAAUUUGAUACAAAUGUAUAAAUGACACUUCAUGAAAUGAAUUUUUUUAAUUUAAAUUUUAUGGCUUAAACACAUGGGUUUUUACCAACUCUAAGAUGGAUAGUAUGAUCUCUCACCUCUACCGGUAGUUGUCGAACUUAAGAAGGAAAAUAAUCUCUAUAUAGGAAUAUGAGAUUGAUUUGAUUAGAAAGGUUCAACAUAUGUACUAUUAGUCUAAAAUGAUGGGAAGAGUAAUAAUGCAACGUUUAAUCUACCAGGCUCUUAAUAAAUCCAAAAGCUGAGGAAAUAACCGCUUCAUGAAUAAUUUGAUUUUAAAAAUUUUAGUUAGGUUAAUCAUCUUGGAUAGCUCAUUGAUCUAAAAAAAACUAGAGUUAUUAAGAAGAAAUGGGUUCAAACCCCAGGAUGACCACUGACCUUAAGAAUUAAUAAUUCAUAUAGCUUGGACA